AUGCUCACGCGGGUGAAGUCCGCCGUGGCCAAUUUCAUGGGCGGCAUCAUGGCUGGCAGCGCGGGCGCCGACCACGGCAGUGGCGCGGACUUGCCCCUCCGCUUCCCCUACGGGAGACCCGAGUUCCUGGGACUGUCCCCGGACGAGGUGGAGUGCUCCGCCGACCACAUCGCCCGCCCCAUCCUCAUCCUCAGCAAGGACACCCGGCGCCUGCCCUGGACCACGGGCUACGCGGAAGUAAUAAAUGCAGGGAAGAGCACGCACAAUGAAGAUCAAGCCAGCUGUGAAGUCCUCUUUGUCAAGAAAAAAGCUGGAGGCAGUAAUUCUACACCAAACAAGAACUCUUCAGCAAAACGGAGGUCAUCACUGCCCAAUGGAGAAGGUCUCCAGCUGAAAGACAAUUCAGACUCAGACGGGAUCAAUCUGUACUACUGGUCUCUGUUUGAUGGACACGCUGGGUCUGGGGCAGCUGUGGUUGCUUCCAAACUCCUACAGCACCAUAUCCUGGAGCAGCUGCAGGAGAUUGUAGACAUCCUGAGGAACACAGCUGUCCUCCCACCCACCUGCCUAGGAGAGGAGCCUGAUAACCCAGCCACCAACAGUAGGACGCUGACACGGGCGGCCUCCCUGCGUGGUGGUGUGGGGGCCCCAGGCUCGCCCAGCACCCCUCCAACACGCUUCUUCACUGAGAAGAAGAUCCCACACGAGUGCCUGGUUAUUGGGGCCAUAGAAAGUGCAUUCAAGGAAAUGGAUUUGCAAAUAGAACGAGAGAGGACCGUGUAUAAUAUUUCUGGUGGCUGCACAGCCCUUGUGGUGGUGUAUUUAUUGGGGAAACUGUAUGUGGCAAACGCUGGUGAUAGCAGGGCUAUAAUAAUCCGAAAUGGUGAUGUCAUUCCAAUGUCUUCAGAAUUCACUCCAGAGACUGAACGCCAGCGACUUCAGUAUCUGGCUUACAUGCAGCCCCACUUGCUGGGAAAUGAAUUCACGCAUUUAGAGUUUCCACGGAGGGUGCAGCGCAAGGAAGUUGGAAAGAGGAUGCUCUACCGUGACUUCAACAUGACUGGCUGGGCAUACAAAACCAUUGAGGAAGAUGACUUGAAGUUUCCCCUUAUAUAUGGAGAAGGCAAGAAGGCUCGGGUUAUGGCAACAAUUGGAGUGACCCGAGGACUGGGAGACCAUGACCUGAAAGUACACGACUCCAAUAUAUACAUCAAACCUUUCCUGUCCUCUUCUCCUGAGGUGAGAGUCUAUGACCUCCUGCAGUAUGAGCAUGGGCCAGAUGAUGUUCUGAUCCUAGCUACUGAUGGACUCUGGGAUGUGCUGCUAAAUGAAGAAGUGGCAGAAGCUGUCACUAACUUUCUACCAAACUGUGACCCCGAUGAUCCCCACAGGUACACGCUGGCGGCGCAGGACCUGGUGAUGCGAGCCAGGGGAGUGCUGAAGGACCGGGGCUGGCGAAUAUCCAAUGACAGGCUGGGCUCUGGAGACGACAUCUCUGUCUACGUCAUCCCUUUAAUACAUGGGAACAAACAGUCAUGAAAGUAGCAUCAAGAGUGAUUAUAGGAUGGGGAUCCUUUUGGGAAGGACCUGUAAGAGACGUUAUGGUUUUGGUGGUCUGACCAAGACACUUCCAAUUGAUGUAAUGCUGGAGGGGUAUUUUUCAGCCCGAAAGGUAGGGCUCUGCACAUAUACUGUAUAUGAUUAAAGGUAACCCUUAAGAUUCCAAUUUCCCUAUAGAAAUGGUUUUGGUGCUUAACAGGAAUGGGAUUUAAAUGCUGCUAGCAUAUUAUGGAUUCUGUCAUCCCUCCAGGUCGGGUGGGGAAUUAAUUUUUUUCUCAGUUUACCAUGUAGCUUGGAAGAGCCAUUUCAGUUGUGAAAGUAGAAGUGGGUAGAGGUUCCUGAAAUCUACCCCAAAUAUUCAGAAGGUGGCUUGGGUCACAUCUCAUUUAAAUAUAUAUAUAUAUAUAUAUAUAUACACGUACAUAUAUGAGACUCAAGAGUUUUCUUCUUUCAAAAAGUUGUAUUCAUGACUUAUCUAUGGACAACUUCAAACUUGUGUAAUCCUUUGAGCCCCCAUUUUCCUCUCCCAUCUCUUCUUCAGUAGAUACCUCCUGUAUUUUAGUAAGAAAACUGAAAUUGUUUUCAGUGUGACUAUGCCUGUUUACUGCAGCUAAAACAGCCACCUGCAAAAUUGUCCAGGAGAAAUAGGUCACAGUCCUGUAUGGCAGAAUUUAUUCUGGUGUGAGGAGUUACUCAUCCAGAUUCCUUGUUGUGUGUAUACCAUGAUUAUACAGAGCAUGCAAACUCAGCUAUAUGUGAUAUUUACCUGGAGGCUGCGGGUUUUUUGGGAUCAGAGAUUUACAUUCAUUGAAUGAUUCUGCCUGCUUUAUCCUGUUGAAAGGAUCCCUGAUCAUAAAGUUUUUGCAUCAGUUGGGAUUUAGUAAAUUUGUUUGGGCUCCUGAGUGUAUUUUUAGUUGGACUCCUACUUGGAAGUGGUGGUAUUGUUCUCAUUAGCAAUUUGAAUACCCAGGUAGUGAUCUAUUUAAAAGGUGUUCACUUCUUCCUGCCUCACUUAUUAUUCAAUAUACCUUUGCCUGCUUGACUUGGGUGAUCAGAAUGUGACAGCUUAUAACUUUCUGUCCUUUUGGCAUUGAGAACUGUAGUCAAGGAUUACAGUAUGACUGUGAUAGAUUCAAGUCCUUGGCUAGCUUUAGCAGCAUUUUUCUUAGCAGUGAUAAAUCAAUUUAAAUAAAGAAAAUUUGCAUAAAACAUUAUUGAAGUGAAAGCAGUAGUCCGGGAGAGAAACAAGUGAGCAAAUCUGCAGUGUAACCUUGCUGUCUAGUCUUCAAGCAGACAGCUCUCCUACUUCACUGGCAGAAAUUUAAGAAAAAAAAACAAAACUAGAAGAUUCUAGCCUAUAGGCAGGUAUAUUGGCUGGGGAGCCAACUUUCACCUAAUUUGUCCCCAGACCACAUUCAUGUGGAGUUGCUCAUCUGGUUUGUACUUCUUUGACAGGAAAAAAGGCAGGAGCUGAUGUAAUUUUACAGCACUGACUAGGGAGCUUACAAAUGUUGUGUCCUUUCCAAAGUAGAAAGAGGAUGCUGUGCCCUUUGCAGACUUUCUUCUGAACAGGUGUGACCCAGAGCUUGCCAGUUUUUUAAUUUAUGAUGUGCUGUGUAAACACGACGCAGCAUGAGUGCGAUGUAGCUGCCCAGAUGCUGUAUUUGAUUGCAUCUUGAAGUAUAUGUGCAACAGUUUGGUGGAUUUAAACUACUUUUGCUCUAAAUCUCUAGACCCAGAAGGGGUUUCAGGCAAUGUGGAGUGUGUAACGGCUCAAACAUGCAGCAAGCUGCAUGAUUUUAGCCUGAAAACUGUUCCACAAGUUCCCCAGUGCCUGCAUGUGAUAAAGCUGUGCAGAACACAGACAUUUUAUAUUCUAGAGCUUCAGCAUAAAUCAAUGGCAUAUCUGAUUAUGUAUUGUCAUGCUUUAUAUUUUCUUUCCUUUUUUUUUUCUCUUUACCUCUUUUUCUGUGUGCAUCUGGGUAAAAAGAGAGGUUUGGAGUCUAGAAUAUUUUUCCCAUGGCCCCUCAUAUGUUUCAAAUUUUAAGCAAGAGAACUUCUCUUGCACUUCUUUUUGGCCUAAUAAACUUGUAAACGUGCUUUUCAUGCUCUAUGUAACUCCUGUUGUCUCUUCGCAAAUGCAGUUCUGUAGUCAUCUAGCAAUUCAGAUCCUCUUUCACAAAGAAACUAGUGCUGGCAAAUCUGGUGAAACUGUCUGAACAGCAAAGAAGCUGGUGCUUGCUGGUAGCAGCUACAAGCCUGAGUCAAAUAUUUCAGUGCUCAUGCACUGGUGGUCUUCAUUAUUUGGUAACAUGGUGUCAACACACAUACCAGUCUUUAUAAAACCACUGAGUACAAUGUGGUGGAAAUAGAUUUCCUGUGUAGCAUUUGCCAGAAUUUAAAAGCAAAACUCCAAGACAACUACUCAUUCAGGAGUGUUUUUUAAAUGUACCCCUGAAGAGAGGGGUUAGCAGAU